AUGGAGCGUACUUUCCUUUCCCGCGGCCGUAGCGUGCCUUCCUUUCCCGCGUCCGUAGGUGCUUUCCUUUCCCGCGUCCAUAGCGUACUUUCCUUUCCCGCGGCCGUAGCGUGCCUUCCUUUCCCGCGGCUGUCUAAACAAAGUAACGUGUCUGUUUCGUUUUUUCUCUUCUGCCUUUUUUUCUUCUCUCUUAAUUCUUCUCUCUUUUCUCUUUCCUUUCUUAUCUUUUUUCUUCUCUCUUUUUCUUCUCUUUUUCUUUUUUUUCUUUCUUUUUUCUUUUUCUUUUUCUUCUUUUUCUUUUUCUUCUCUUUUUCUUUUUCUUCUCUUUUUUCUUUUUCUUCUCUUUUUUCUUUUUCUUUUUUCUUUUUUUUUCUUUCUUUUCUUCUCUUUUUCUUUUUUCUUCUCUUUUUCUUUUUUCUACUCUUUUUCUUUUCUCUCCUCUCUUUUUCUUUUCUCUCCUCUUUCUACUUCUCUCUUUUUUCUUUUCUUCGUUUCGUCUUAUUUUCUUUUUUUCUUUUUCAUUUAUAUAGAGUAAAUCACGAUCGCAAAUCAUAUUUAUUGGGGGUGAAUUUGAUCGUGUAUAUAGUGAAGGAAUCUGAAAAGUUCUCGAUCGGACCAAGCAGCCAUUACAAAAGACACCUUGUAUUGGUGUAUAAACACACACGUACACAUCUAUCUAUCUAUCUAUCUAUCUAUCUAUCUAUCUAUCUGUUGUAA